AUGGCAGAAGCUACAAAGAGGUACGCAGUUGUCACAGGCGCAAAUAAAGGGAUUGGAUUUGGCACGGUUAGGCAACUGGCUUCAAAUGGGGUCACAGUGGUGUUAACUGCUAGAGAUGAGAAGAGGGGUCUUGAAGCUCUUGAUGUAACAGACCCUGUUAGCAUUGCUUCCUUGGCAGAUUUUGUCAAAACCCAGUAUGGGAAACUUGAUAUCUUGGUAAACAAUGCAGGAAUUAUUGGAAGCCAACUGAACCCUGAAGCUUUUAGAUCAGCUGUAAGUGGUAAGAAGGCUGAAGAAAUCGAUUGGAGUGAAGUAUCAACAACACUAAACUACGAGUUAGCAGAAGAAUGCCUGGAAACAAACUACUAUGGGACCAAAAGAGUGACUGAAGCACUUUUGCCUAUCCUCCAGCUAUCUGAUUCACCAAGAAUCGUUAAUGUUUCUUCUCGUUUCGCUAAGCUGAUGAAUUUUCCAAAUGGAUGGGCUAAAGAGGUGCUAAGUGAGGCUGAAAGCCUUACAGAAGUGAGAAUAGAUGAUGUGCUUGUCUCAAAAGCAGCCUUGAACGCGUACACUAGGAUCUUGGCCAACAAGUAUCCAAAUUUCUACAUCAACUGUGUGAGCCCUGGAUUUGUCAAAACUGAUAUAAGUUACAAUACUGGCGUCUUAACCAUCGACGAAGGUGCCGAAAGUCUCGUCUGGUUGGCGCUUCUCCCUAAUGGUGGUCCUACCGGCCUCUAUUUUCUCCGUCAAGAAGUGACUCCUUUUUGA